UUCGAGUUCGCCACCGCGGUGCAGGACCAGACGCUGCCGCACAUCAUGGACGGGAAGGACGUCCUCGCGCGCGCGAAAACCGGCAGCGGGAAGACGAUCGGGUUCCUCCUCCCCGCGAUCGAGGCGCUCGCGCGCGACGGCGGCGCCGCGAGGAGAGGACGGCCGAGGGUGUUGGUGCUGUCUCCGACCAGGGAGCUCGCGACGCAGAUCUUGGACGAGGCGAAGGCGCUUCUGACGUUUCACGACGGCGUCGGCGCACAAGUCGUGUUCGGAGGGACAAACUUCAACUCGGACCUGAGGAACUUGCGGGAUAAGCGGUGCGACAUAUUGGUCGCGACGCCGGGGAGGCUGAUUCAGCACCUCGAGGACGGCGACCGGGAUUUACUGCGCGACGUGAACGUGCUCGUGCUCGACGAGGCGGACCGGCUGCUCGACAUGGGGUUCAAGCCGUCGAUCGAGAAGAUUUUGAGAUCCGUCCCGCAGGACCGCCAGUCGUUGAUGUUCAGCGCGACGGUCUCGGACGAGAUCAAGAAGAUCGCCGCCGCGGGUCUGCGUCCGGGGCACGUCUACGUCGACUGCGUCGGCGAAGAAGAAGGCCCGGACACGAACGCGCAGGUGAAGCAAUCCCUGGCGGCGGCGCCGCUGUCGCACCAGAUGCCGACGCUCGCGCAGAUCAUCGACGACCACGCGGCGACGACGCCGAACCAUAAGAUCAUGUGCUUCUUCACGACCGCGCGCGGGACCGGGUUCGCCGCGGAGCUCUUCCGAUCGUUCCGCGACGACAUCGUCGAGAUCCACUCGAAGAUGUCGCAGUCGAAGCGCACGAAAGCGACGGAUCAGUUCCGCGCGGCGAAGAGGGCGGUGAUGAUGACGUCAGACGUCACCGCGCGCGGGAUCGACUUCCCGGACGUCACGCUCGUCGUGCAGAUCGGGAUCCCGGCGAACCGGGAGCAGUACAUUCACAGGCUGGGGCGGACCGCGCGCGCGGGAAAGAGCGGCGAGGGGAUUCUCAUGCUCGCGCCGCGGGAGGAGUUCUUCGCGAAGAAGGACGUCGGGGACCUCCCAAUCGUUCGCGCGACGUUCGACGUGUCCGACGAGAACGUCGCGAAAAUCUCCCGCGCGAUGGACGCGGUGUCGGACAAGACGAAAGCGCAGACGUACGCCGCGUGGCUGGGGUACCACAAGCCGUUCAUCAAGAAGAUGGGAUGGACCCCUGAGACGCUCGUGAGGGAGGCGAAUGACUACGCGACGGAGGUGAUGGGGUGCCCGGAGCCGCCGCCGAUGAUGAAGAAGACGGUCGGGAUGAUGGGGCUGAAGGGCGUCCCGGGGUUGAACAUC